UUCAAGCGACCAAAAAAAAAAAGGAAAGAGAAAAACUCGAGAGUCCACCGUUCGUUGCCGCUUGCCGACAGCGUAGUGUCCACCUUCCGCCUCCACUCGGCUGCGUAAAGUCCGGCCGUCUCGAUGGCUCUCCGCCGCCUCGCCGGCGCGUCCUCGCCUUCCUUCUCCUUCAAGUCCUUCACUACUGUUCUCCCACAGGCAGCGGAGACCGCGCCCGCCUCCCCGUCCUACCUCGCCCACCACCUGCUCGACGAAUUCUCCCGCCCGCGCGCCUCCCGCGACGGGGAGCGCCUCCGCCGCCUGGCCGCCCACCUCACCGCGCCCGCCGUGGAAUCCGUCAUCGCGCGGCUCCCCUCCUGGCGCCACGCGCUCGACUUCUUCCGCUGGGCCGACGAGCAGCCGGGCUUCCGCCACUCCUGCUACUCGUUCAACGCCAUGGCCUCGCUCCUGCGGCGCCGCCAGCCCGCCCACCUCGACCGCCUUGCCGCCGACGCGCUCGCCGCGGGCUGCCCCAUGACGCCCGGCGCGCUGGGGUUCCUCCUCCGCUGCCUCGGCGACGCCGGGCUUCCUGACACCGCCGCCCUCGUCUUUGACAGCGCGAGGGCGCGCCUUAGCUGCACUCCCAACUCUUACACCUUCAACUGCCUUCUUGACGCGCUGGCUAAGGCCGGCCGCGCAGACGAUGCGGAGGCGAGGCUCCGGGAGAUGAUGGUGGCAUGCGGCGAUGGAAGUGUCGAUAAGUACACCCUCACCUCGCUCCUGCAGUGCUACUGCAAUGCAGGCAGCCCAGAUGACGCCAACGACGUGUUCCAGAGGAUGAGCCAGCAUGGUUGGGUGGACGAGCAUGUGCUGACGAUGCUGGCGGUGGCGUUCAGCAAGUGGGGGAAGGUGGACGGGGCGGUUGAGCUCGUGGGGAGGAUGGAAGUGUUGGCGAUGAGGCCGAGUGAGAAGACACUUAGUGUGCUGGUCCAUGGGUUUGCAAAACAGCGCAGGAUCGACAAAGCCAUUGAGAUGUUUGACAAGAUGUCUGCUUAUGGUUAUGUUGCUGAUUUGCCAAUGUACGGUGUGUUAAUUGAGGGUCUCUGCAGGCAGAAGCAAAUAGGAAAAGCGCUGAAAAUAUUUGAGGUGAUGAAGAGCAGUGAGGUUGUUCCUGAUGUCCGUUUACUCAAGAAUAUGAUUGAGGCUUUCAUUCAUGAAGGAGAUAUAGCCACUGUUAGCCCGUUUAUCAAUGAAAAUGCCGGGAAGUUAAAACCCAGUGAUGUUACCGCACUGUACAAUGUGGUUCUACAAGGGCUUGUUAACCACGGGCAGGUAGAAGCAGCUUAUCAGUUGCUCGCCUCAAGGGUACGUGGUGUUCAGGGGAUUAGUGAUGGUUUGACUGUUGGUGCAAAUGUGUUUGAUACCGUGCAGGAUGUGAAGCCAAACUCUGAUUCCUUCAACAUUGUUGUGUGCGGCCUUUGUAAGGUUAAGAAGCUGGAUGAUGCCUUAGCUCUCGUGAAGGAUAUGGUUGGCUUUGGCAGCAAGGGAAAGCUAUUGAUGUUUAAUGAUUUGAUCUAUGAGUUGUGCAAUGCAGAUAGGUUAGAUGAAGGAUACAAAUUGUUUAACCAAAUGAAGGAUCUUGGUGUGAUUCCCACGGAGUUCACAUAUAAUUCAUUAUUUUAUGGCAUUUGCAGGAGAAAAGAUCCAAAUGGUGCUUCUGAUUUACUGAGGGAGAUGUGCACCAAUGGACAUAGACCAUGGAUAAAGAAUUGCACAGAAAUGGUGCAACAGCUUUGCUUUAGUGGCAGGAUAACAGAAGCUCUUGGCUUUCUAGAAGAAAUGCUCAAAAUGGGUUUUCUUCCUGAUAUCGUGACAUACUCCGCAGCCAUGAAUGGACUGUGUAAAACCGGUGAGGUGGACAAUGCGUUAGGACUCUUCCGUGACAUUUCUGCCAAAUCUUAUCUUCCUGAUGUGGUAGCACAUAAUAUCUUGAUAAAUGGGUUCCGUCUAUCAGGUAAAUUAAAUGAGGCGCAAGAAAUUAUGGAAGAGAUGUUGGAGAAGGGUCUGUUUCCGUCUGUUGUUACCUACAACCUUAUGAUCGAUGUUUGGUGCAAGUCUGGCAAUAUUGAAAAAGCGGUUGAUUGCUUAAAUAAAAUGGUUGAUGAAGAGAAGUCGCCAACAAUAGUUACAUAUACAAGCUUGAUAGAUGGACUCUGCGGUGCUGGAAGACCUGACGAAGCCAUUGUUUUGUGGCACAAAAUGAGUGAUAAAAAUUGUGCUCCAAAUAAGAUAGCGUAUACUGCUUUUCUAAAUGGAUUGUGCAAGUGUGGUCGAGUAGAGACUGCACUGACCUACUAUGAGGAGAUGAUGACGAAAGGUUUUGUGUUAGAUACCUUUUCCUGCUUAUAUUUUAUAAAUGCUUUGAUAUCAAAUGGGAAUACAACUAAAGGAUGUGAACUUUUGAAAGAGGUUCUUCAAAGGGACAUGACACAGGGUGAUGAUUUGAAAAUGGUAGGAUUAAUAAAUAAAGCAGUUGAAGUGUUGUCUAAAGAUGGAAGAACUUCUCCAGAGAUAAGUAUACUUGUAGAGAAAGGUUUAAUUUCAAGGGCUCAAACUAUGGGCAAGAAAGAUGGAAACUGACAUUUGUUGCUCACCUCAAGGGCUCUAACCAGGAAGCCCUUUCCUGCUGCUAGCAGAUUGUUCCUACUGCGUGCAACUACUUUCUCAAGGUCCUGUAUGUUAAUUGUUGGCAGCUUGGGGCUUAAGAUCAAUGGAACUAAAUUUGUGGAGUUCUCAAUAGGUGUUCCUCAUGGUUGCUUCUGAAUUGGAUGGACACCUUCUGGUUUAAAUAUCCUUUAUAGGCCCCAGUCGUAUCCAAGACUUCAAGUCUUGAGUCAAAUACCCUAUGUAAUUGUAGAACUAAAUGUGAUAUGGUGUAUGUGAAGGCUCCGAAUUUGCUAAGAGAAAUAUGGAAGUGUGGCUAAGUCCGCCUGGGGAACUAUUCGCAGGAUUCUGGGCACCUUGUAUUGUCCUAGGAAUUUGUGGCAAAGCUCGACAUGGCUGUAUGCUUUCUUGCCGGACAGGACCAAAUUCUAUAUGUGUGUAUUGCAGCUGUUUGCUGGGGAAUAUGGAAUGUGUGCAAUAAGGUCACCUUUGAGAAGCAUAAGAUGCAAUCCCCUAUGGAAGUUGUGUUCAUAAUCUGUACAUUUCUCUUAUACUGGGAACUGGGCAGGUUUACUCAAAAGCGGGGAGCAAGGCGUCUUCAGGGCCGAAGUCGAGACAUUGAUGAACGAGGCUACCACUCCUGCGUCUCUCAUGAGCUCGGCUUCUGCAGGGGGCGAGAACAUCUUGUAUUCCUGGAGGCCGAGUGCUUGGAGUAAUCCGAAGCUGGGGACUCCUGUGGUCGUUUAUUUAAGUGGCUGUAGAAUUGUACCUGGUGUUUUCUGUCUUUUGGAUUGCUCUUCCGAUGUUGGCAAUAGAUGCAUCUCUGUUAGAACUUGUGUUGGUUUGGUGGUAGCAGGUUUUUGCCCGGUGGUGGGUGGUUCGAUGGCGAACUAUCUAUAGCGGUUUCCUGCUAUCUGCCCCGUCCCGCUUCCUCUGCUUUGUAGUUUCUUUGCUGAUUUCUGUUCGGAGAAUUCUGUAUUUCCGUUAUGGAAGUAAUGGAAAGGGGCAAUGCCCCGUUAAAAAAAAGUGAUAGGGUGUAAUUCUUAUCCUCUA